AUGGCCGUCACUGGAGAGGGCGAUGACGAAUUCCACUUUCUACGAACAGGAGAUGAGGUCGUUUUGCAGAGCACCUUCACCUCCCUGGAGGAACAUGUGAAAAUCUGCCUUGCAGCAGAAGGAUUUGGCAGCAGACUCUGCAGGCUUGAGCCCACUUCUAACUGCAAGAAUGUGCCACCGGACCUGUCCGUGUGCGGCUUCGUCAUGGCCCAGUGUCUCUCUGUCCGGGCCCUGCAGGAGAUGCUUUCCCACAGCGAGCACCGGUCACAGGGGGAAGCCGGAGGAAGCCAUCGCACCCUUCUUUAUGGCCAGGCCGUAUUGUUCCUCCACUCCUACAGUGGCAUGUAUCUCAGCUGCUUAUCCUCAUCUCGCGCGUCAACGGACAAGCUGGCUUUGGACGUCGGUCUGCAAGAGGAUAAAGCGGGUGAGGCGUGUUGGUGGACUGUCCACCCGGCGUCCAGACAGAGGUCAGAGGGGGAGAAAGUCCGUGUUGGGGAUGACCUCAUCCUGGUCAACGUUUCCUCGGAGCGAUACCUGCACCUGUCGUUUGGCACCGCAUUGGACGGGAAAAGCUUGAGUGAAAGCCUGAUUGUUAAUGCCGCCUUCCAGCAGACCCUCUGGAGUGUUGCUCCCAUCUGCUCUGGAAGUGGGGUGUCUCAAGGAUUCCUGAAGGGAGACGACACAUUGCGGCUACUCCACAGCCACAGCGACGCAUGUCUGACUAUUCCCUCCACACAGCAGGGAGAGGAACUGCAGAGGCUAAUGCAUUACGAGACCGGAUCGGUUUGCAGCCACGCCCGCUCUCUCUGGAGGCUGGAGGUCCUUCGUGUUGUUUGGAGUGGCAGACAUGCAUCCUGGGGGCAGCCCUUCCGGCUGUGCCAUGUGACCACCGGGAGGUACCUGGGACUCACUGAGGAGAAAGGCCUGUACCUGGUCGACAGAGACAAGGCCGACGUCGACACAACCUCCUUCUGCUUUCGGUCGUCAAAGGAGAAGCUUGACUCUUGCACAAAGACUCCUGUUGACGGCAUGGGGAUCCCAGAGAUCAAGUACGGGGACUCCAUCUGCUAUGUUCAGCAUGUGGAGUCCGGGCUGUGGCUCACCUACCAAGCUGUUGAUGCCCAAUCUACCCUCAUGGGUUGGGCUCAGCGAAAGGCCAUUUUGCACAGCGAGGGUCACAUGGACGACGGGCUUUCGCUGUCUCGCUGUCAGAGGGAAGAAUCUCACACUGCCAGACUGAUCCGGAGUGCCACUCUACUCUUCACGCGCUUCAUCAGGAAAUUGGAUUGUUUAAUACAGGAUGGAAACCUCCCGUCCGUCAGCCUGCCGAUGGAGACAGUGGCAUGUAGUCUGAUGGAUCUAAUACACUACUUCCUGCCUCUGGAGGGGCUGGGCCAUGAAGCUCAACAGAACAACAUCACAGCGCUAAAGAAUCGGCAGAACAUGUUUCAGGAAGAGGGAGUGAUAGAUUUGGUCCUAGAUGCCAUCGACCGUCUACACCAGUACAGUGGUGGCUCUCGUUUUGCUGAGGCGGCUCACAAUGACGCACAACAAGAAUGGGUGCACAUCCUCAACAGUUUCUAUGAGCUCCUGGCUGCGCUGAUCCGGGGAAACCGUCGGAGCUGUGCACAUUUCUCAGCUUCUCUGGACUGGCUGAUUAGCAGGCUGGACCGUCUAGAGGCCUCUCAUGGAGUCCUAGAGGUUCUCCACUGCGUCCUAGUGGAAAGUCCUGAAGCUCUCAAUGUCAUCAAAGAAGGACACAUUCUUUCUAUCAUCUCUUUUCUAGACACGCAUGGAUGCAACCACAAGGUGCUGGAGGUGCUGUGCUCGCUCUGUGUGUGUCACGGUGUAGCUGUGCGAUCCAAUCAGAACCUCAUCUGUGACAGCCUGCUGCCAGACAGAGACUUGCUGCUCCAAACACGUCUGGCUAAUCAGGUCACAAGCAUGAGACCAAACGUCUUUUUGGCUCUGGGAGAAGAGUCGGCCCAGCAUCGCCGGUGGUACUACGAGCUGGUUGUGGACCACGUCGACUCCUUCGUCACACCGGAGCCCACCCACCUGCGCGUGGGCUGGGCUCGCUCCGAGGGCUACCAGCCGCGGCCCACCGGAGGGGAAGGCUGGGGGGGCAACGGCGUGGGAGACGACCUGUGCUCGUACGGCUUUGACGGGCUUCACCUCUGGUCAGGCUUCGUGGGCCGCAGGGUGAGCUCUCCCUUCCCUCACCUGCUGAAAGACGACGACGUGGUGAGCUGUUGUCUGGACCUCGGUGCGCUCUGCAUCUCUUUCCGAGUCAACGGACUCCCCGUGCAGGGCAUGUUGGAGAACUUCAGCGCCGACGGACUUCUUCACCCCGUGGUCAGCUUCUCUGCAGGAGUCCGGGUUCGCUUUCUGUUGGGGGGAAAACACGGAGAGUUUCGCUUCCUGCCCCCGCCGGGUUUCGCUCCGUGCUCCGACGCUCUGCUCCCGGGGGUCGAGCUGAAGGUGGAGCCGUGUCAGAAAUACAUUUUGGAUCGCGGGGAGGGGAAACAAGAGCUCAUUGGCCCCUUAGUGCCCGCGGCUCCAUUGACCUUCACUCCCACACCGGUGGACACCAGCGAGGUGGUACUGCCCCCACAACUUGAGGAUAUCAGUGAAAAAAUGGCUGAGAAUAUCCAUGAACUCUGGGCAAUGGAUAGAAUUGAUCUUGGAUGGACCCAUGGGCUUGUGAAAGAUGAAGUUAAGAAGCAUAACACAUGUCUGGUGGAGUUCUCCAAGCUGUCGGAGCAGGAGAAGAACCAAAAACUUCAAAUGAGUCAGGACACCCUCAAGACUCUCCUUGCCCUUGGUUUCCACAUUGGUCUGACCGAUGACCACGCCGAGGAGAGAAUAAAAUACAUGAGACUGUCCAACAAGUACGAGCAGCCCAAUGGCUACACACCGGCCCCAUUAGACUCCAGCCGGGUUUUCCUGAGCGCAGCGCACGAGGAGGUGGUUGACUUGCUGGCCGAGAAUGACCACAAUGUUUGGGCCAGAGAGCGCAUCAGGCAGGGAUGGACCUACGGGGCGCAACAGGACGCGAAAGUGAAGCGCAGCCCGUACCUGGUGCCCUACGGGCUCCUCGGUGACAGGAGAAGGAGAGAGGGCAGGGCGAGUGCGAGAGAGGCCGUCUGUCCCCUGCCGGCCUACGGUUACAGCUUGGAGCCUCUCAACCAGGAACGAACCACUUUAUCAAACACAUGUCUCUUCUCUGCUGAGAAGUGUAGAGUGUUCAGACCAGACAAAUCCUACUCUGUGACCCGGGGGAAGUGGUACUUUGAACUCGAAAUAGUGACACCUGGUAAUAUCCGAGUGGGCUGGGCCCGACCGGGCUGUUCCCCAGACAAAGAGCUCGGCUCAGACGACCAGGCCUUCGUCUUCGACGGAUUCGAGGCUCAGUGGCACCAUGCGGGCGUCGAGCCCCUGGGACGUCCGUGGCACGGGGACGAUGUGGUGGGUUGCUUGGUGGACAUGGCCGAACGCACCAUGAUCGUCGCGCUCAACGGAGAGGUGCUGUUCAACGACCGAGGGUCAGAGCUGGCUGCCAAGGACUUCCACAUCGCAGACGGCCUGUUGCCUGUAGUCAGUGUUGGGGUCAACCAGGUGGGACGGCUGAACUUGGGCCACCAAGUGGGCUCCCUGCGGUACUUCGCCGUGUGCGGCCAGCAGGAGGGCUACGAACCGUUUGCCGUCAACAUGGCCAGAGACCCGGCCCUGUGGAUGAGCUGGAAACAGCCUCAGUUUACCUCCAUCGCGCCUGAUGAUCAAAACCUGCAGGUCAGCAGAAUCAGUGGCUCAAAGGAUUCCUCAACCAGCCUGAGGGUCUCUCAGCGGUCGUUUGCCCACCACGGCGGAGGCAGCGAGUUGGGCUUCUACCGGCUCAGCAUGUUCGUCGAGUGCGCCGCGGUUCUCGCCAGUCCUGCAGCGGCCGCGCUUCCUGGGGCCUCCGGCGCUCUCUCUCAAGGAAGGAAAGAGCAAGAGGAGGUGGACUCUGACUUUGAAGUGCUGAUGAAGUCGGCCCACAGCUUUGCUGGUUCAAGAGACGAGCUCAACCAUAAGGAUCACAGUCACGACAAAACAUCAAGAUUGAAACAACGGUUCAUGCUGAAGAGGACAAAACCAGAGCUAAUCAGCAGCAACUCAUCUGCACGGCUUCUCGAAGAUGUUGUGGUCGACAAGGAUCACUGUGAUCACCUUCUGCAGAGCUCCAGAUACAACUUCUCGGUGAGGGUUCUUCCAGGCCAAGAUCCGUUUGGCUUGUGGGCCGGCUGGGUGACCUCUGACUUUCAUCAACACGACAUGACUUUCGACGCGGACAGUGUCCUCACAGUGACCGUCACGCUCGGAGACGACAGCGGAAUAGUCCAGGAGAGCGUGAAGCGGUGCAACUGUUACAUGGUUUGUGCUGGAGAUGCAACGGGCCUGUCUCAGAGUCGCAGAAGCACGGGUUUGGAAAUUGGCUGUUUGAUUGACACAGCCACCGGGAUGCUCACCUUCACCUCCAGCGGAAUGGAGAUGGCCACCUUCUACCAAGUGGAAGCCGGUACAAAGCUGUUUCCGGCUGUCUUUGUCAAGCCCACGACGAGCAACAUGUUUCAGUUUGAGCUGGGACACAAAAAGAACGCGAUGCCGCUGUCGGCAGGUCUGCUCCGCAGGCAAAGGAGGAAUGCAGCCCCUCAGUGUCCUCCGAGGCUCCAGGUCCAGCACCUCGCGCCGGUUUCAUGGAUCAGAGUACCAGACCGCGCCUUGGAGGUGACGGUGGAUCGGCCGGAUGAGCGCGGCGGCUGGAGGGUCCAAUGCCACGAGCCCUUACAAGUCCUGACCCUUCACAUCCCCGAUGAAAACCGGUGUGUCAACAUCCUGGAGCUGUCGGAGCACGGUGACCUCUUGAACUUCCACCACCACACUCUCCUGCUCUACUGCUCUUUGUGCGCCCUCGGAAACAGCAGAGUUUGCCACGCCCUCUGCAGUCACGUGGACCAAUCCCAGUUCUUUCAUGCCAUCAAGAAUCCCCACCUCCCCAGCCUCCUCCGCUCCGCAUUCUUCCAGCUCCUUAUUCAGGUUCACCUCAGCAGCCACACCACAGCAUGUCACAUGAUGAACCACGAAUACAUCGUGCCCAUGACUGACCUGACCAGAAAAAUCACCCUUAAUCCCGGCCCUGUUGGUGUCGAUGGUGUCGAUGGGGUGAAAGGUCAACCUCCAGAGGCCGUAUCCUGCACUGGUCUCAGCACCUCCCUCAAACCGCAGAUGCACUUCUCGUCUCCUUGUUUCGUCAGGAGCGAUGGGGCGGGAGGAGAUGCUGCAGGCGACGUGGCCUGCACAGACAGUCCAGACAUCCCACUGGACAUGCUGAAGGACCUGACUGUGGAGAUGCUGACUGAAGGAGUGUUGGCUGUGGGUCAGGGUGUGAGGGACCCUACAGGAGGCAGCAUUGAGCUUCUGCUGGUUCCCCUAAUUAAACUGUUCUACACGUUGCUGGUUUUGGGGGUGUUUGGAGAUGAAGACCUGGGGAAAGUUCUGAGACUGAUAGAGCCGGGAGUCUUCUCCAUAGAUGCCGGAACCAUCGAGAAGGAAGAGGAGGAAGGAGCUAGCGAUGCUGAAAAAGAACAUGACAACAAAAAAGAAGGUCUCUCGCCCAAACGAGGACUCCUUCAAAUGAAGCUUCCUGAAGCUGUCAAACUUGAGCUCUGCCAUCUGCUGUCCUACCUGUGCGAUCGCCAGGUGCGCCACAGGGUGGAAGCUUUGGUCGCGUUUUCCGACGGCUUCGUGGGUCGGCUGCAGGAGAACCAACGCUUUCGCUACAACCAGGUCAUGCAGGCGCUCAACAUGUCCGCCGCCCUCACUGCCCGCAAGACCAAGGAGUUCCGCUCGCCUACACAGGAGCAGAUCAACAUGCUGCUGAGCUUCAGGGAGGGGGAGCAGCGGGAGAACUGUCCAUGUCCAGUGGAACUCCAGCAGCUCCUGAAGGACUUCCAUCGCCUGCUCAGCACACACUGUGGCGUUGAACUGGACGGAGACCCGGAGGACGACGAGGGUGCAGAGACGUCUCUCAGAGGCCGCCUCUUCAGCCGAGUGGCGAGAGUCGUCGGACUGGUGAAGACACCGGUAGAAGUGGAAGGGAGUCGAACGCAGAGCGCCAAGUCCCUCAAAACGCUGAUCUCCGAGACGAUGGUGCGUUGGGCUCAGGAGACUGAGAUGGAGGACCCUGAACUGGUUCGGGCGGUCUUCUCAUUGCUGCACCGCCAGUAUCAGGGCCUCGGGGGCCAAAUGGCAGAACACCUGAGCAGAGCCUACACCAUCAGCCAGGCCGGGGUGGAGGACACCAUGUCUCUUCUGUCCUCGCUGAGCCAAAUCCGCUCCCUCCUCGGUGUCCGCAUGGGAAAAGAGGAGGAACGGCUGAUGAUCAGGAGACUAGGAGACAUCAUGAAUAAUAAAAUUUUCUACCAGCACCCAAACUUAAUGAGGGCAUUGGGGAUACAUGAGACAGUGAUGGAGGUGAUGGUCAAUGUCCUUGGAGAAGGGGAGUCAAAGGAGAUUACCUUUCCAAAGAUGGUGGCCAGCUGCUGUCGAUUCCUGUGUUAUUUUUGCCGCAUCAGCCGCCACAAUCAGGGAGCCCUGUUUGACCAUCUCAGUUAUCUGCUGGAAAACAGCAGUGUUGGUCUAGCUUCACCAUCCAUGCGUGGGGCCACUCCUCUGGAUGUGGCUGCAGCCUCUGUUAUGGAUAACAACGAACUGGCCUUAGCGCUGAGGGAACCGGACCUGGAGAAGGUGGUCGUGUACCUGGCCGGCUGCGGCCUCGAGAGCUGUCCGAUGCUGGUGGCUAAAGGCUAUCCGGACCUCGGAUGGAACCCUGUGGAGGGCGAGCGUUACCUGGAUUUUUUACGUUUUGCUGUUUUCUGCAAUGGUGAGAGUGUGGAGGAGAACGCCUACGUGGUGCUGAGGCUGCUGAUUCGUCGGCCUGAGUGUUUCGGCCCCGCCCUGCGAGGUGACGAGGGAAAUGGCCUCCUAGCAGCCAUGGAGGAAGCCAUCAGGAUUGCUGAGGAUCCAUCUAUGGACGGACCUCGCACCACCUCCCAGUCCAACAGAACGCUAGACGUUGUCCAGGACAAUGCCGAUGACCUCAUCCACAUGGGCCACGCCAUCAUGACCUUCUACUCAGCUCUCAUCGACAUGCUGGGACGCUGCGCUCCAGAAAUGCAUUUGAUUCAACGAGGCAAAGGAGAAGCCAUCCGGAUUAGAGCGAUCCUGAGAUCGCUCGUCCCCAUCCAGGACCUUCAGGGAGUCAUCAGCAUCUCCUUUCAAAUCCCCUCGGUGUCUGAAGGUGGUCUGGCGGUGGAGCCUGAUUUAUCCACAGUGUUCUGCCCGGAUCACAAGGCAGCUGUGGUUCUUUUCCUGGACCGGGUCUACGGCAUCGAGGACCAGAACUUUCUCCUCCACCUGCUGGAAGUCGGUUUUCUGCCAGACCUCCGUGCAGCCGUCUCUCUCGACACAGCUGAAUUGGGCUCCACCGACAUGGCCCUGGCCCUCAACAGGUACUUGUGCACGUCUGUUCUUCCCCUGCUCACCAAAUGCUCGGCGCUCCUUUGCCCUUUGGAGGACCACGCUUUGCUGGUGGAUUCCCUCAUCCAGGCAAUCUACAACCUCUCCAGGGCCCUCAGCUUGACCAAGGCUCAGAGAGACACCAUUGAGGAGUGUUUGCUGGCUGUGUGCAGUAAACUGCAACCGGCUAUGAUGCAGCCUCUCCUCCGACGCCUUGUCUUCGAUGUCCCCCAUCUCACAGCCGACAGCAGGAUGCCGUUAAAGCUCUUGAGCGGUCACUACGAGCAGCGGUGGAAGUACUACUCGCUGGCUGGAGGGCCGGGGGACCACGGUCCGGCCUCUGAAGAGGAGCUCCACCUGUCUAGAAAGUUGUUUUGGGGUGUGUUUAAUGCCCUGCCAAAGAAGCCCUACGAGCCCCAGCUGUUCACACUGUGUGUCCAGUGCCUCGCUGCCGUGGCCACGGCGCUGCCCCCCGACCACAUGGACUCCAGCUGUGCGUCCCGCGCCGAGAGGAAAGCCUCCAUGGACUUUGACCCGAAGCCCGUGGAUACCGCCAAUGUGUCAGUGCCAGAGGGACUCGAGUUUGUCGUUAACAAGUGUGCAGAGCACACUCACGAGAAGUGGUCACUGGACAAGUUCGCCAAUGGCUGGGUUCAUGGGGAGCAACUAUGUGAGAAGACCAAGGUUCACCCUCUGCUGAAACCCUACAGGGCUCUGGCCGAGAAGGAGAAGGACGCAUACCGGUGGGCCAUCAAAGAAACAUUAAAGAGUAUGCUGGCCUUUGGGUGGACCAUAGAGAGAACCAAAGAAGGAGAUGCAUUCGGUGCUUAUACCUGCACACGCAGGGUAUCGCAGGCCGGACAGCUGUCAUUUGAAGGAGCGUCAACCUUCAGCCCCAAACCGAUGGACAUGAGCAGCGUCACCUUGUCGUGGGACCAGUGCGCUAUGGCUGAACAGUUGGCGGAAAACUACCACAACGCCUGGGCUAAGAGGAAGAAAUUAGACGGAGGGGGUGGCCAUUCAACGCCGGCGCCCUAUGACACCCUGUCCGCCAAGGAGAAGACCAAAUUCAGGGAGAGGGCAAAGGACAUCCUCAAGUUCCUCCGGCUCAACGGCCACACCGUGUGGAGGGAUCGGAGGACGGCGGAGAUGGACUUUCCAGCCGCGGCCAACUGCUUCGGCGCCGCUCUCCUCCAGCGGCUGCUCUCUCACACCGAGGACGCCCAAGGCCACAUGUUGGAGCUGGGGGAGAUUCAAGACGGAGCACAGAUGUCUAAAGGAGAGAAAGCUUCACACCAGCUAGCAAUGUUUUUUUUGAAGGUUGUCCUUCCUCUUUUGGAACAAUUUGUAAAGAGCCACCGUCAGUACUUCCUGUCCACUUCGCUCUGCUCAAGGAGCUAUGCGUCAAAGAAGGAAAAGGAGAUGAUUGCGAGCCUCUUUUGUAAGCUCGCAGCUCUGGUGAGACACAACAUCUCUCUCUUUGGAAACGAGGCGUCGUCAGUUGCGAGCUGCCUCCGUGUCUUGUCUCAUGCUCUGGAUGCCAGGUCUGAGGAUGAGAUGAGCCACACUGACGAUAUCAAGACUGUUGUUGGUUUCACUUUCACUAUCACUAUUAAUCGUUUUGCUAGUCUUAAGAACAUUUUCUCCUCUCUUGGCCCCAGGGCGUUGAUGAACUCAGCCCCGGAGUCCAUCCACGUGUCUCUACAUUCCUUCUUUGAGGCGGCCGCAACUGAUCUGGAGAUGACAGUGGAACACCUCACCGUGGCCUGUUCGCCGCAGAGCAGGAAUCCGCCGGCCAGAGGGCUAGCCAAGGUUCUCAGCUUCACAACCUCCGUUCUCCUUCCCACCCUCACGUCCCUCUUUCAGCAUCUUGGCAAACAGAGCUACGGCGUGGACAUUCUUGUGGGGCGUAUCCAGCUGUCCUGUUAUAGGAUCCUCAACAGCCUCGUCUCUCUUGGCACCAGUAGCAGCAUCUAUGUGGAGGGGCAGCGGCCAGCAGCAGGCGCUUGUCUUGCAGCGUUGGCUGGGACUUUUCCAGUUUGCUUCUUGGAGCCGUCGUUGAACCACCACAAUCCUUACUCCAUCUACAACACCAUGACUGCGUCUCAAAGAGAAGACCUAGGACUGCCAGACACCGUGGAGGACAUGUGUCCCCUCCUGCCCUCGCUGGAACAGGCUCUGGGGGAAGUGGAGAAGUUGGCGGGCGCCGGCGCCGUGGCCCGCCAGGCCCACGGCGUCCAGGUCACGGAGGUCACUCUGCCCAUGCUGUGCAGCUACGUGUCCCGCUGGUGGCACUGUGGUCCCGAGGGCCGGCCGCACGGCCCGACCUGCAGCGCUGUCACACCUCGACACGCCAGUGACCUCCUUGGCCACAUCCUCCGUAUCAUCCACAACCACGUGGGCGCCAGCCAGGGAGAUUGGAUGAAACAGCUGGCAGUUUUUUCUCAGCCAAUCACAUGUAAAGCUGGCUCUGAGCUGUUGAAGAGCCACUUCCUGCCACUGAUGGAGAAGUUGAGGAAGAGGGCCAAAUGUGUGCUACUGGAGGAGGAGCAGAUGAAAUCAGAAGGCUGCGAUACCUCCGAAGCAGAGUUGCAGAUCCAGGAGAAGUUCGCUGUACUGGUGCAGGACCUCUACGCCUUCUAUCCCCUCCUCAUCCCCUUUGUGGAUUCUAAUCGAGCCAGCUGGCUCAGAGAUGUGAACCCUGAUGCCCAGCAGCUGUUUGGCAUGGUGGCAGAGGUCUUCACGUUCUGGGCCAAAUCUCAUAAUUUCAAGUGGGAGGAGCAGAACUUUGUGGUACAAAAUGAAAUCAACAACUUGGCUUUCUUGGUCAACGGUGACAGAAUGUCCAAGGUAUUCAACUCACACAUCAAGGUAGAAGUCUUCGACCACGAGCAGAGGCGGAUGAGGAGGAAGGGGGAUCGUUACUCCACGCACACCUCCCUCGUGGUGGCCUCCAUGAAGCGCCUGCUCCCCAUGGGACUCGGGGUUCGCUUCCCUUGGGAACACGGCCUCGUCGCGUUGGCCAAGGGCGGCUUCGCUCGGAAGAACAGCCGAGAUGAGAUUCGAGAGCACGUACUCGAACGUCUAAUAGAUCUCCAGAAUCAGGCUUCAGACGGCUCGAGGCAGGAAACCCUUCACGCAGAACAUCUGAGCCAUUUAAGAGCCAUCCCUGACGCCCAAAAGACUGUAAACAGCAUUCUGGAAAUAGCACAAGUCCUUUAUUACCUGGACCAGGUGGAGCAUCCGCAGAGAAGUCAAAAACCUGCGUGGCACAAGGUCUUAUCCAAACAGAGGAAACGAGCAGUGGUGGCCUGCCUCAGGAUGGCUCCCCUCUACAACCUGCCCAGGCACAGAGCUGUCAACCUGUUCCUCCAAGGCUACAAUAAAUCCUGGAUAUCAGCGGAGGACCACAACUUUGAGGAGAAGCUUGUGGAGGAUUUGGCUCUGUGUGGAGGCGACGGAGAGGAAAAAAAGAAUGUAGGGGAAAAAAGGGCCAAACCGAUCGAUCCCCUCCUACAACUCAUUACACACUUCAGUCGAAGUGCCCAGGUGGAAAGGUGUAAGCUUGAAAAUGACAGCCUCUACAAGUCCUACGCAACCAUCAUGGCCAAGAGCUGCCACAGAGACGACAACGAUGACGAAGAACAGGAGCUGGAAAGCUUUGAAGAGAAGGAGAUGGAGAAACAGAAGCUGCUGUACCAGCAGGCCAGGCUGCAUCACCGUGGAGCUUCUGAGAUGGUCCUGCAAACCAUCAGCGCUAGCAAAGGGGACAUUGACUCCAUGAUUGCCCCGACAUUGAAGCUGGGUAUCGCUGUUCUUAACGGAGGGAACGCUGCAGUUCAACAGAGAAUGCUGGAUUAUCUCAGAGAGAAGCAAGACGUCGGCUUCUUCCAGAGCAUGGCCGGGCUCAUGCGGUCGUGCAGCGUUCUGGAUCUGAACGCGUUUGAGAGGCAGAACAAAGCGGAGGGAUUGGGCAUGGCCAUGGACGAGAGCUCAGCAGGGAAAGUGAUGCCUGACAAAGACAUAACCUGUGACCUAUUCCGUUAUCUACAGCUGCUUUGUGAAGGACACAACUCAGACUUCCAGAAUUACUUGAGGACACAAACAGGCAACACCACCACUGUGAACAUCAUAAUAACCACUGUAGACUAUUUACUGAGAGUACAGGAGUCAAUCAGCGACUUCUACUGGUACUACUCGGGGAAGGAUGUGAUUGAUGUACACGGGCAGCAAAACUUCUCCAAGGCCAUCGGAGUGGCCAAACAGGUGUUCAACACGCUCACCGAGUACACGCAGGGCCCGUGCAGUGGAAACCAGCAGAGCCUGGCCCACAGUCGUCUGUGGGACGCUGUCGUGGGUUUCCUCCAUGUUUUUGCCCACAUGCAGAUGAAGCUUUCUCAGGACUCAAGACAAAUUGAGCUCCUGAAAGAGCUCAUGGAUUUACAGAAGGACAUGGUGGUGUUCUUGCUUUCCAUGUUGGAAGGCACCGUCGUGAACGGAACUAUUGGCAAGCAGAUGGUGGACAUGUUGGUGGAGUCGUCAGGCAACGUGAAGAUGAUCCUCAGGUUCUUCGACAUUUUCCUCAAACUUAAAGACCUCACCUCCUCAGACGCCUUCAAAGAGUACGACCCCGAUCACAAGGGCUGCAUCUCCAGGAAGGACUUCCAGAAAGCCAUGGAAAAUUGCAAGCGUUUCUCCCAGGCGGAGAUUCCCUUCCUCCUCUCCUGCAUGAAGACGGGCGACAGUGAAAUCGUGGACUACGAGGUCUUCGUGGAUCGCUUCCACGAGCCGGCCAAAGACAUCGGCUUCAGCAUCGCCGUCCUCCUCACCAAUUUGUCCGAGCACAUGCCCAACGAUUCGAGGCUCGAGGCCUUCCUGGAACCGGCACAGUGCGUCCUGACCUACUUCCAGCCCUUCCUCGGACGCAUCGAGAUCCUCGGCGGCGGGAAGCGCAUCGAGCGCGUCUACUUUGAGAUCAGCGAGUCCAGCCGCACGCAGUGGGAGAAGCCGCAGGUGAAGGAGUCCAAGAGGCAGUUCAUUUUCGACGUGAUCACUCAGGGUGGAGAGAAGGAGAAAAUGGAGAUGUUUGUCAACUUCUGCGAGGACACCAUCUUCGAGAUGCAGCUGGCCGCCCAGAUAUCCGGCUCCGACGCCGGAGAGAGGCGUGCUGACGAGGGAGAGGGGCGGAGCGAGGACGGAGACCGGGCCCACGAAGGAACGUUCCUUCUGCACGCUUGGCUGUUGUCGCUGGUGUCUCUGUUUUCCCUCAAAAACCUGAAGGCAUCGAUGAAGAUGACCCUGAGAGAUGUCCUCGUUUCGGCCGCUCUCUUCUUCAGGUUCGUUUCGAUGGCUCAGCUCCGGUGCCUCCGCGUUGUGACCGGCAGCAUCCGGGAUGCGCUGUACGUGGCCUUCGUCAGCGGGGGCCUCAUAGAGGGGGCCAAGAGGAUGAGGAUGUCGGACCUGCUCGACGGUAUCCUCGAGCCAACUCUCGAUGAGGUCACCGAGGUGCCGACCGGUGUGGAUGGACCGAGGAGGUACUCUGCCAGUUCCACUCACCGGAGCGAAUUGAGGGAGGUGGGGCGUGUGGCAGCUGUGACCUCCUCCAGGGAGACGGAUGUACUGUCAGACAUAUUUGGCUUCAGAGUGAAGAAGGAGGGAGGUCAAUACAGACUUUUAACGCGAGAGCUCGCGAGUUUGACCGAUCUGCUCAACACACCCUCCAAAACGGCCGAUAUCUCUGAGAAGCAUCAGAGCCAUUCCGCCACGGACGAAAAAGGAGAAUAUGAGACAUUGCCUGAAUUAAAGAAUGGAAUAGGCAGCGAAACUGAGAAUAAAACUGAGAAAGAUUCAAGAUGCAAAGUGGAGGGAUGUAAUAAGUCAGAGGAAGCAGAGAGCCAACACUCGGCCUUCUGGGAGAUUAUAAUCUCUCACAACAAAAGCCUGCUGAAUUACUUUGCAAGGAAAUUUUACCACAUGCGCUUAUUGGCUCUGUUUGUUGCCUUUGCAGUCAACUUCAUCCUUCUCUUCUACAAGGUAGCAUCCUUGCCCACAUCACAAGAAGAGGAAGAGGUCCUCCCAUCUGUCGCCAGCGACGGACUGAACUCGCCGCCUAACGACCACAGCGAGGGCAGAGAUUAUUUUGUGCUGGAGGAGAGCAGCGGAUUCAUGGAACCGUCGCUCCGUUUCCUGGCCGUAGCUCACACAAUCAUCUCCUUCUGUUGUAUCAUCGGCUACUACUGCCUCAAGGUACCGUUGGUGAUCUUCAAACGGGAGAAGGAAGUGGCACGAAAGCUGGAGUUUGGGGGGCUGUAUGUGAUCGAGCAGCCCCCCGAGGAGGACAUCAAAGGGCAAUGGGACCGACUGGUCAUCAACACACCAUCAUUUCCAAGUAAUUACUGGGAUAAAUUUGUGAAGAAAAAGGUGAUGGACAAGUACCGUGACUUUUAUGGCUGUGAGAAGAUUAGUGAACUUCUUGGUUUGGACCAAGCCGGAUCAGACUUCAGCUCCGAGAGAAAAGAGAGGAGGAGACUCAAAAGACAAGCUGCCUGGAGUACUCUAUUCAGCUCCGUUGACGUGAAGUACCAGGUCUGGAAGCUGGGAGUUGUGUUCACUGAUAAUUCCUUCUUGUACUUGGCCUGGUACAUGGCCAUGUCCGUCCUGGGUCACUACAACAACUUCUUCUUCGCCGCCCACCUUCUGGACAUCGCCAUGGGCUUCAAGACGCUCCGCACCAUCCUCUCCUCCGUCACGCACAACGGAAAGCAGUUGGUCCUCACGGUGGGCCUGUUGGCGGUGGUGGUGUACCUCUACACCGUUGUGGCGUUCAACUUCUUCAGGAAGUUUUACGACAAGAGCGACGACGAGGGCACCCGGGACAUGAAGUGCAACGACAUGCUCACCUGCUACAUGUUCCACAUGUAUGUGGGAGUGCGGGCGGGCGGCGGCAUCGGGGACGAGAUCGAAGACCCGGCAGGAGACGCGUUCGAGGUGGAGCGCAUCGUCUUCGACAUCACGUUUUUCUUCUUUGUCAUCGUCAUCCUGCUGGCGAUCAUCCAGGGCUUGAUUAUUGAUGCCUUUGGGGAGCUUCGUGACCAGCAGGAGCAAGUGAAAGAGGAUAUGGAGACCAAGUGUUUCGUAUGUGGAAUAGGAAGCGAGUACUUUGACACCGUCCCCCACGGCUUCGAGACGCACACUCUGCAGGAGCACAACCUGGCCAACUACCUAUUUUUUCUGAUGUACCUCAUUAACAAGGAUGAAACGGAACACACAGGGCAGGAAUCCUACGUGUGGAAAAUGUACCAGGAGCGUUGCUGGGAAUUCUUCCCUGUGGGAGACUGUUUCCGUAAGCAAUACGAAGAUCAACUGGGAUGAGAUCUGAAGCCGUCACAGAUAAAGGAUCACGCCGAAGGCCUCCUCAUCGAUGCCUUCAGAAUCACUAAACUAGCUUUCGUGUGUGCGCACUAUUCAUUUUGUUAUUAUAUAUAACGCGCCUGACACUAACUGAGUGUGCUCUUUGUUUUGUCCCUUCUUGCUUCUUGAGUCUGCUCAUUAUCUCAAGUACGCAUUGCAAAUUAAUUUUGCCGGCUUCGUGUGUCUCUGUAUAGCUCAUGUUUUGUGAAUGAAGUGAUUCGCCUAAUCACAGCCUCCGAUCCCUGUCCCCCGUGUGACGUGCAGAUAAACACUCUCCUCUCAGCAUUUGUUCCAUUUAGCCUCCUCUUACUUAU